AUCAUGGGUAGAUAAGAUGCAAGAAGAUCUCGUAACAUUAGCACGAACUGCAAGCGGAGUGGACCAGCUUGCUGCGAUUUAUUUGAAAAACAGGGAUUUGUAUACUGUAGAAGCCAACAACCCUCGUCAGCUAGUGGAAAUUGCAGCCAGAGACAUUGAAAAACUUCUGAGUAACAGGUCUAAAGCCUUGGUGCGCCUUGCUAAAGAAGCAGAGAAGUACCAAGCGUCACAUCAGUGGAGGGAUGAGUUUGGGAAUAAUGAUAUAAUCUAUUACAAUGCAAAAGAUGAUCAGAAUGAUCCUGAAAAGAAUGACACUGAAUCUGGCAGCCAGAGAAUCAGACCAGUAUUUGAAGAAGAUCCUGUUUUCCGGCGGCAAACAUCUUACCAACAUGCAGCAGUCCACAUACCAACAGAUAUUUAUGAAGGCUCAACGAUAGUGUUAAAUGAACUCAAUUGGACUGCAGCAUUGGAUGAUGUAUUCAAGCGGAACAGAGAAGAAGACCCCACUUUAUUAUGGCAGGUUUUUGGUAGCGCAACUGGCCUCGCUAGGUAUUACCCAGCUUCCCCAUGGGUAGACAAAAGUCGAACUCCAAACAAAAUAGAUCUGUAUGACGUUCGCAGAAGACCAUGGUAUAUCCAAGGAGCUGCAUCUCCCAAAGACAUGCUUAUUUUAGUUGAUGCGAGCGGGAGUGUCAGUGGAUUGACAUUGAAGCUGAUCCGCACCUCGGUCAUUGAGAUGUUAGAGACCUUGUCUGACGAUGACUUUGUGAAUGUAGUUUCAUUUAACAAUAAUGCUCAGAACGUCAGUUGCUUUAAUCACCUUGUCCAAGCUAAUGUGAGGAACAAGAAGAAGCUGAAAGAAGCUGUCUAUAAAAUCUCUGCUAAAGGAAUUACAGAUUACAAGAAAGGCUUUAGCUAUGCUUUUGAACAGCUGCUAAAUAUUCUGGACUUCAGGGCGCUUCCCUGCCGUUGCAUAUGCAGCUUAGGGCUAGAGCUGGUUGAAAAAUUCCUAACCUUGUUAAAUUUUGAUGGAGGAAAAGAAAAUACAAUGUUUUCACGGGUACGUGUGUUCACAUUUUCUGUUGGUCAACAUAAUUAUGACAAAGGACCCAUACAGUGGAUGGCCUGUGAAAAUAAAGGUUAUUAUUAUGAAAUUCCAUCCAUUGGAGCCAUAAGAAUAAACACCCAGGAAUAUCUGGAUGUUUUGGGAAGACCAAUGGUUUUAGCUGGAGAGAAAGCCAAACAAGUCCAAUGGACAAAUGUCUAUCUGGAUGCUCUGGAGCUGGGCCUUGUGAUUACAGGAACUCUACCUGUCUUCAAUCUAACAAAGGAACAAAAUGGGAAAAUAAAUCAGCUGAUUCUUGGAGUAAUGGGGGUUGAUGUCUCUUUGGAGGACAUAAAAAACCUGACACCCCGAUUUACGCUUUGUCCAAACGGAUACUAUUUUGCAAUUGAUCCUAAUGGGUAUGUGCUACUUCAUCCAAAUCUCCAACCAAAGCAAAUUGGUGUGGGCAUACCAAAAGUUAAAUUGAGAAAAAGGAGACCCAAUGUACAGAAUCCUAAAUCCCAGGAGCCUGUUACGCUGGAUUUUCUAGAUGCUGAAUUGGAAAAUGAUAUUAAAGUUGAGAUUCGGAAAAAAAUGAUAGAUGGAGAAAGUGGAGAAAAAACAUUUGAAACACUGGUCAAGUCCCAAGAUGAGAGAUAUAUUGAUAAAGGAAACAGAACAUAUACAUGGACUGCUGUGAAUGGCACUGAUUACAGUUUGGCAUUGGUGUUACCAUCAUACAGCUUUUAUUAUAUUAAAGCCAAAAUAGAAGAACCAAUAACUCAAGCCAGAUAUUCAGAAACACUGAAGCUUGAUCAUUUUGAUGAAGCUGGCUACACGUUUAUAGCACCAAGAGAAUACUGUAAUGAUGUAAAAAAAUCAGAAAACAACACUGAAUUUCUAUUAAAUUUCAAUGAAUUUAUUGACAGAAAUACUCCAAGCAGUCCGUCAUGUAAUACUGAUAUGGUCAUUAGAGUUUUGCUGGAUGCAGGAUUUACAAAUGAACUUGCCCAAAAUUAUUGGAGUAAACUGUCUCUUGAUGGUGUUGUUGCACAAUUUGUUGUUACGGAUGGUGGAAUUACUAGAGUGUUCCCAAAAAGGGCAGGAGAAGAUUGGUUGGAAAAUGCUGAAACUUAUGAAGUCAGCUUCUAUAAACGGAGUUUAGAUAAUGACAACUAUAUUUUCACAGCUCCGUACUACAACAAAAGUGGUGCCAAUAGCUAUGAAACAGGUAUUAUGGUAAGCAAGGCUGUGGAAAUAACAAUUAAUGGGAAGCUUCUGAAACCAGCAGUUGUUGGAAUAAAAAUUGACGCAACCAGCUGGAUGGAAAAUUUCACAAAAACCACAAUCAAGAGCCUGUGCAACAGUGAAAUCUGUGGCUGUGAGAGAAACAGUAUGCAUGUGGACUGUGUUAUCCUUGAUGAUGGUGGAUUUCUUUUGAUGUCAAAUCGGGAUGAAUAUACACAACAGAUUGGAAGAUUCUUUGGUGAAAUUGAUCCUGGCCUGAUGCGAAACCUGAUUAACAUGUCCCUGUAUGCCUUUAACAAGUCGUAUGACUAUCAGUCGGUCUGCGAUCCCGAAGAAGAACCAAAGCAAGGAGCUGGACUUCGUUCUGCUUAUGUGCCUACGAUAACAGAUAUUUUGCAUCUAGGAUGGUGGGCUUCGGCAGCUGCCUGGUCUAUCUUACAGCAGCUGUUUUUGAGCUUGACUUUUCCACGUUUCCUUGAAGCAGCUGAUAUGGAAGAUGAUGAUUUCAGUGCCGCCCUGCCUAAAACAAGCUGUAUCACUGAGCAAACUCAGUAUUUCUUUGAAAAUGAUGAUAAAUCCUUUGGUGGGAUUGUAGACUGUAUAAACUGCUCCAGACUUUAUCAUGCAGAGAAGAUUUCAAACACCAAUCUAGUAUUCAUUAUUAGUGACAGCCAACUGCUGUGCCGCUCCUGUGACCCAAAGCCACUGAUGCAAGCGGAGAAGCCGGAUGAAGGGCCAAAUCCUUGUGAAAUGGUCAAACAACCCAGAUACAGAAAGGGUCCUGAUGUCUGUUUUGAUGAAGCCAAACAGGAAGAUUCGGCUGACUGCGGUGGUGUCUCUGGUCUGAGUCCAUCACUGUGGUCUAUGGUAGGAAUUCAGUUGGUCCUGCUUUGGCUGUUAUCUGGCAGCAGACACUGCCAGUUAUGACCUUGCUAAACCAAAACCUGCAUAACUUAAUCAAGACCUGGCCAAAACGAUAGCCUCAGUUUCAUUUUAAAAAGGGUCAGCUAUUCAGACAGCAGCAGAACAGCAAUGCUCAUGUCUGGUUAUCACUCGUUGUGAGACUCAUAAAGGCACCCACAGUGGCUGCAUGUUGGAGUGUCGGAUCCUUAAACGUGUGUGAAUGCUGCAUCAUCUAUGCCAUCCGAACAGAAUUCUGUACGUGCUCCACUGGGGAAUCUAAGAUUAUUAUUUCUUUUUCGUUUGUUUGUUGUUGUAAACUUGAUGACUUCAUGUAAAAGGGCUCCCCUGACAAUAGGUUAUGUAUAUGAUUUUCAUUUCUUUUAACCUUUGGACAUCUUGAAGAUUUAUAUUCUUUUACAUGAACAGUUAUUUAAAAAAAAAAAAAAGAAACAAGAAAAUGUACUCCCCAAUAUACAUUACUAGCACCAUGAUGGGUGCUUUGAACAUCAGUUUUGUCCAAACUACUUGAGUAAAAUGAAAAUAUUGGCUAGUUUUCAUCAGAAGUUCAGCAUGAUUGAAAUGCUUUAUGAUGAGUGGUUUAUUCUUCCAAAAGGAAUCAUGUAGCCAGCUAGGUUUUGGAAUGUUGAUAAAUUGUUAGUUUGAAGGAAGGAAGGAAGGAAACUUCUGUUUUUAAAAAUAUAAAGGUGCUUGAGAGUUUAACUAAAAAGUGAUUCUCAUCUUAAACUUGGUGUCACCUUCUGUCAGAAAAAUGUUAAUUUCAAUGUAAUAUUCACCUCCUUUUCACAAUGCAGUUAUAUAUAAAGCUAGUAGAAUCCUUCAAAGGCUCAAACAAAAACGCUUGUGAAUAAAAAAUGUCUUUGUGAUAUUUGAACGUUGGUUUCCAAGGGUAUUUUGCAUGAUGAUGAUGCUAUGUUAUUGUUUUUCAGUUUGUUUUCUUUGAUGGUAGAGUAUAGUCCAUUGAAAAGGUAACUGAGUGAUUCUUUUGUGUGAGAAACUGAACAUUGCAAUGUGUUGCAAUCGAAUCAUAUUAAAUUAUAUUAUGAAACAGAGCUCUGAAUAUACUGUGCAAUGAAAAGCUGAGAAAAUAGGGUAAAUUUAGUUAUUGUAACAAAAGGGUUGAGUUGGAUUUUUUACAGAAUAGUGAUCUCACAUGAAAACCUGUGUACAGAUAUUUUAAGUAUAUAAAAAUCAGAUUUAACACAUUUAUUUUUGGAAGUAUAUGUUCUCUAAGGUUCAUAUCAGGUUCCCCCUUUGUUUCCUUCAUAUAAACACCCAUAAUAUUAAAACUUCUGCUGUCGCUAUUUUUUAUU